GAGUUCUACCCUGCGGUUUUACAUUUUCAUGCUGUGCUCUCCGAGGUACACGGCCUUUCAGUGCCUCUGCACCUUCUAGCUGGUGGUUGGAAAAUUAUCACCAUGUUUGUUUCUUGUUUAUAAAAAAAAAAUUAAGAAUGACAUAGGUUUUCUGAAGAAAGCAGCUCUCUUUUCAAUAUGGCUUCACCAAAUAUUUAUACUGAAGUGAACUUCAAAAAUCAACCUGUUUUCUCAGGCACCAUCUCAGACUCAACUUCAGCUCUCCCAAAGAAGAUCACUAUUCAAAAACAUAAUCCUGGCUUUCCCAUGCUGCUUCUUGCCUUGCUGAUAUUUUUCCAGCUGUUGGCAAUCUUGUUCUCUGUUACCCUGAUCAUUUUCUUUCAAAUGUAUUCUGAUCUCCUUGAAGAAAAAAAUACUAUGAAACAGCUCAAUCACACAAAAUUGGAUUGCAGAAGAAACCACUUAUCCGUGGAAGGCAAAGUCUGGAGCUGUUGCCCAAAGAAUUGGAAGCCAUUUAGUUCCCACUGCUACUUCACUUCCAUUGAGUCUGCAUCUUGGAACAAGAGUGAGGAGAAGUGCUCCAGCAUGGACGCUCAUCUGCUGGUGAUCCACAGCCAGGAAGAACAGGAUUUCAUCACUAAGACCUUGGACAUUAGUUCUGCUUAUUACAUGAGGCUGUCAGAUCCAGAGGGCCAUGGACAAUGGCAGUGGGUUGAUCAGACACCAUACAAUCAAACUGCCACGUCCUGGCACUCAGACGAACCCCAUGGCAACAAGGGAUUUUGCGUUGUGCUAAAUUAUCAUCCAAACCUGAAAGGAUGGGGCUGGAGUGAUGCCCCUUGUGAUGGUGAUCAUAGGUUCGUUUGUGAGAUGAGGCAGCUCUAUUUAUGAAUCAAACCUUCUCUGUGGACAUAUGACAUGGAAUCCGUAGUCACAGAGAUAACUAGAAAGUUCCUCAUUUGGACCUCUUAAGGAUCAAACACAGGCACUUGGAACUAUGUCAUUAAGCCAGGUUCUUAGAAAACUUUUCGUCUCUCUGCGUCUCUGUCUGUCUUUCUGUCUCUCUCUCUCUCUCUGUGUGUCUGUCUGUCUGGAGACAGGUUCUCACUAUGUAUCCCUGGCUGUCCUAGAACUCACUAUGUAUACCAGACUGACAGGCUCAUAGAGAUACUUCUGCCUUGAUUUCCCGAGUGCUGGGAUUAAAGGCGUGUGCCACCACUGCCUAGCUUCUUAAUAAAGUGUAAGAGAUGUCUGCAGAAUUUUAGGUAGGUAGGUAACAUCAGCUCACAUUGGUACUCAUUCAUUCAUGUCCUCAUUCAUAAAUCAAGCAUUUCCCCCAAUGCCAGACACUGCCGGAGACCUCUACGUGCACACAUAGAGAGAGACGUGUGUGUCUCUCUGCUAGUGUCUGACUGCCGAGGUUUUACCCACUGAUGGAUGAUGUGGUUUGGCACUCUAUAUGUUGUUUUGUCUUCCCUGUUUGUCUUUGUUGAUGUUCAAUUGACAAAUAAACUUUUGUGUCCGUAAGAUA